ACCAUGAAGACGGCGAUCGUGUUUUGGCUUUGUGUCUCGCUUUUCCCAGGCUUUUCGCAGGGCAGAGUCGUUGGAGAGGAUGAAGCUGGUUUUGCGGAGUGUAACGUGUUCUUCCCUGGGCAAGUCCCACCCGAAGGGUUCACGGAGCCCUUCCACGUGAAAAUCUGUCAGCGGUACAACAAAGAGCCGCGCUUUGCGACUCUCUACAGCACUAAGGACAAAAUCCCUCUUUACUCAGCUUUUAAGUAUACAAAGCCGGCCCAAAAUGAGGAGGAGAGCUGGCUGGUGGAACCGCAGCUCGACGACCCGGAGACCGCCCUGCGGGAGAUGGCGCGCGAGGCCGAGGCCGCUGGCGCCGUGGCGAACCUUGGUGCAAACCAGGCCCUGACCUCGGACUACGUGGGCUCUGGCUAUGAGAGAGGGCUGCUCAAUCCAAGCUCGCUCAACGAGGAGGAUUUCCAGAUGGCCACUUACACACUCACCAACGCUGUGCCCCUGAGCCCCUCCCUCAGCAAAAGCUGGCACAGGCACAUGGGGCUGGUGGUGGAGCAGGCGCUGGAGCCGCACUGCCCCAGGAAGGAUCAUCUGUAUCUCCUUGCGGGUGCAGUGCCUUCCAGUGCCCGAGUUAAGGGCAAGGUCUCGGUGCCGGAGAGCCUCUGGCUGGCAGCCUGCUGUGACGCUCCAGAGGGAUGGUCUCUGGCACUAGUGAAAAAAGCGAACGAUGAAAACAGCCUGGAAGACCUCACAGUGGGACAGCUGGAGAAGCAGCUUCUAGCAGGGGUUCACUUGUUCAAGGGCAGCUGUGGGGAAGACAACCAAAGCCAGGAGAAGACAGAAGUAAUACUGCGAGCUGUCGGUCGGAUUCGGUCUGGAGAGCAGGCAGGAACAGGUAACAACCAGGAGGCCAAAGAGAGUGGCUUGGUGAGAAAAGUGGCUGGCAUCAUUGCCACCCCUUUCAUCAAACUCCUGGAACUCCUCAUCUAUGUGUUUGUGGAGCUGGUGAAGCUGGUGUUUUACCUCCUGUGGCUCGUGGUCAGGCGGGUUGUUGGCGCGGUUGUGGAUGGAGCCCACAGCCUGUGGAGCGGGCUGGUGUCCUACCUUCAAGCCAUCGGCAUGGUGCUCAUCAGCAUCCCCUGUGACGUGGGGAGGGUCUUCGUCAACAUCUUCCUGGGCUUCCUGGACCUCCUUCAAGAUGUGGCAUCCCUCACCUACAGGAUCCUAAGCAUUCCCGUGGGGUUUGUCCUUCACCUUGCUGCUUUUCCUUACCGCUCCAUCUGUGCCAUCCCCUGCGUCCUGAGGGACGUGGCGGCCGGGGUGUGGGGCACCCUCUCGCUGGUCGUCGACGCCACCGCUGCGCUCCUGCACGGCCUGUAUUACGUGGCAGGGCACGUGGUCAAACGGGUUGUCCCCAAAGCCUCCUCUGAUGACUGAAAGGAGUGGCAACCGAGGCU